CGUUACUGAGAGACUUACAGGCAUCAUCAUCAUCAUCAUCAGCAUCAUCGUCUCACCAUCAUAACACCUCAACUCAAAGCGAUUUCUAUAAAACUUUAUUGAAAUUUGAAAAAAACUUUAGUACGACAAGUACGCGAUAAAGAAACGUUGUAAAUAGCAAAAGAUUAGACGAAACAUUUAAAAAUAAUAAUAAUAUUUUAAUUCGGUAAAAAACUCGGCGCCUUAAGUAUUUGAUAAAAAAAAGGAUUCCAGUGUUUUUAAUAAUAAACAAAACAUGAAAGUGUGCCUUUUUAUAACCUUCUCAAUCUCCUUAUCGGUUACGAUAUUAGCCCUACCUCUCAAAAAGAACUACGAAGACUCACCCAUCAGUACAAUAGUAAUACCCUAUGAACCCUACUCCACACAUCUACUCAAAGACUCUAGAGGUAAAAUGCAAAGAGUUUAUGUACCCGAUAAAAUGGACAUAGUACCCAGAGCCAAUAUCAAAGAAGGUGAAAUCGCCAUAGGCAGUAUAAAGGGCAUGGCAUUGAAUUUUGCUGAAGGAGCCUAUCCGGUCUAUUACAUGCCCGGUAAUGCUAAUGGUAAAUUUCAGGAUAGAAAAAUUUAUUUACUAGAGGAGGCGCAAAGAUAAACUUGAAUAUAACUUAUUAUUAUUUAAAACAUAAAUAUUUAAAAUAUAUUUAAAUUAAAUGUAUAUAAAUAAGUUUAAAUUAAAUAAAAGAGUGCUGUGAUAAAGUGCU